AUGUUGGAAUUAGUGAACGUCUUGAUUGAGCGCGGAAUUCAAAUCAACUUCAAGGAUUCCAAAGGGAUGAAUGUCCUUCAUUAUCUCUUCACCAGUUACUUUCAAGAUGAUAUGAUAGACAUCAUCAAGCUCUCCAUUCGACACCAAAUCGAUCUCAAUUGCAUUGACGACUACGGAGAGAAUGCGCUUUUCUACUUGUGCGCUAAUUAUUCAAAUGACAAUUUGGACCAGUUCGCCUUUUGCUGGACAGCGGAAUCCAAAGUGAAUUCCACCACGAAAUGCGGCCGGAACGCCCUGCAUCUCUUGUGCGAAUAUUACCAACAGGACAAUUUGGUGGACAUUGCUCAACUCUUGCUGGACAAAGGAAUCCAAGUGGAGGAGGACAAAUGGAACGCCUUACACCUGGCUUGCCGAUUUUAUGGUAGAGACAAUCUCAUCUCUUUAGUCAAACUAUUGAUCGAUAAGGUGGAUGACGUGAACUACCGGGACAGCGACGGGAGAAACGCCCUCCACAUUUUGUGCCGGAGUUAUUCCAACGCAAAUUUGAUAGACAAUAUCAAGUUGUUGAUCGAUAAGGACAUCGACAUCCACUGCAAAGACAAGGACGGAUGGAAUGCCUUCCUCAUUGUUUGCCGGACUUAUUCCAAACGAAAUCUAAUCGACAUGGUCCAACUUUUCGUUCGCCACAAAGCGGAUGUCAGCAGCACAGACAGAGACGGAAACAACGCUGUUAAUGGCUUGUGUUUGAAUUAUUUCCAAGAUAAUUUAACCGACGUAAUUCAGGUGUUGCUUGAAGCGGGAACUGAUAUCAACUGCCGGAACAACAGCGGAAUAAAUGCUCUGCUCUACUUGUGCAAAAACCAGAAACACCAACUGAUUGAGAAAAUUCAUUUCUUGAUGGACAAAGGGAUCGACGUGCAUUGCAAGGACAACGACAAAGCCAACGUCCUUCAUUAUCUGUGUCGCUACUAUCCCAAAGAUGACCUGUACGAAAUUGUCAAAUAUCUAAUUAAAAAAAGGGAAGUUGACAAGGAGUUCCAUGAUAGCGACGGGUGGUUGGCUCUUCACUAUUUGUGUCGCUAUUACAACGGAGGAAAUAUGUUCCAAAUAAUUCAGCUGUUUAAACCUCGAGGUCCGAUUUCGAAUGGCAUUGAUUGUCGGUCGCUAGUUCGAGACAAUUAUAAAAACGGGAACGUCGAUGAAAUCAUUCAAUAUUUUGAGUCUUGA